AGGCAAACGCCGCAGGCGAUAGGAAUCGCAGUACAGCUUUGCUAAGGCUGCAGCCUUUUUUAAAUGCAGGCACGGAGUUGCCCUAAUGAUCGUUGGGACCCGAGAAGCUAUCGAUACAAGAAUCAGUGCAGGUUGCUGUAGUUUAUUUUCUGUAUGUGCGUAUGCGGGGAGAGGGAAGAUGGAGCCCGUAAUUGACUCAUUGGUUGAGAUUUGAAACCGGAAGACUAGCAGCAGACGCCAUGCGGUCCAUCCUGCAGCAUUUAGGGUAGAAUCGGCAACUGCUAUGCCAACUACGAAAGAUAACCACCACGAAAUGGGUACCGCUUUCAUUCAACGCCAGCAGCUGCAUGCUGCCAUGGCUGACACCUUCCUGGAGCAUCUGUGUCUAUUGGAUAUAGACUCUGAAGCAACAACUGCACGAAACACUGGCAUUAUAUGUACCAUUGGCCCUGCGUCGAGAUCUGUUGAGAUGCUAAAAGAGAUGAUCAAAGCUGGAAUGAAUGUCGCACGGAUGAAUUUUUCACAUGGAACACAUGAGUAUCAUGCAGAGACUAUCAAGAAUGUCCGUGUGGCCACAGAAAGCUUUGCUGACAAUCCCAUCACCUACCGGCCAGUCGCCAUUGCUUUGGACACAAAGGGACCUGAAAUCCGCACUGGGCUUAUCAAGGGAAGUGGGACUGCUGAAGUUGAACUGAAGAAAGGAGCCAUACUUAAAAUCACACUUGAUGAUGCUUAUAAAGAAAAGUGUGAUGAAAGUGUGCUAUGGCUAGACUACAAGAAUCUGCCUAAAGUGGUUGAGAAAGGUAGCAGAAUCUAUGUGGACGAUGGCUUAAUAGCUCUCCGUGUAUUGGACAAAGGUGCAGACUUUGUUAGUACUGAGAUUGAGAAUGGCGGUUUCCUGGGCAGCAAAAAAGGUGUCAACUUGCCAGGAGCAGCUGUUGACCUUCCUGCAGUUUCUGAGAAAGAUAUCGAAGACCUAAAAUUUGGCGUAGAGCAAGGAGUAGACAUGGUGUUUGCCUCUUUCAUCCGUAAGGGCGCAGAUGUCAAUGCUGUGCGAGAUGUCCUUGGUGAGAAAGGAAAGAAGAUCAAAAUUAUCAGCAAAAUUGAGAACCACGAGGGAGUUCGUCGGUUUGACGAGGUCCUGGAAGCCAGUGAUGGCAUUAUGGUUGCUCGUGGUGACCUGGGAAUUGAAAUCCCCGGUGAGAAAGUAUUCCUUGCUCAAAAGAUGAUGAUUGGACGUUGUAACAGAGCUGGCAAACCUGUCAUCUGUGCUACUCAGAUGUUGGAGAGUAUGAUCAAAAAACCCAGACCCACCCGAGCUGAGGGCAGUGAUGUGGCCAAUGCUGUGCUGGAUGGUGCAGAUUGCAUCAUGUUGUCGGGAGAAACCGCAAAAGGAGAUUAUCCCCUUGAGUCUGUAAAAAUGCAGCAUUUGAUAGCCCUUGAGGCAGAGGCCGCAAUGUAUCAUCGGCAAUUGUAUUCGGAGAUCGCUCAACUAGCACCUCCCACGGUAGACACAACGGAGACUGCUGCCAUUGGUGCUGUGCAGGCGUCUUUUAAAUGCCUUGCUGCUGGUAUUAUAAUCCUGACCAAAUCUGGCAGAUCUGCACACCUGGUGUCCAGAUACCGCCCACGAGCUCCCAUCAUUGCUGUAACACGUGAACCUCAGACCGCACGUCAAGCCCACCUGUACCGGGGAAUUUUCCCCAUCCUCUUCAAGCCUCCAGCUGACGCCGUCUGGUCUGAUGAUGUGGAUCACAGAGUGAACUUUGCGAUGGAAGUCGGCAAGGCUCGUGGCUUCUUCAAGUUGUGUGACCUGGUGAUUGUACUGACUGGCUGGCGCCCAGGAUCUGGAUCCACCAACACUAUGCGUGUGCUGCAAGUGUCCUGAGUGUGGUGGGUAGGACUUGAAUCCGAUGUCCACUGCAGUGUCGCCUCCCUCUAGGCAGCUGUAGCUUUGUGUACUGCAGAGCACCAACACUUAAGCAAAUUAAAGCAAAUGUAUCUUCCUUGUAACAUGUUCUGCUCCUGAUUUUGCUCUGCUGUGUAGCACCAGGCUGCCUGAUGUAAGACUAUUAUAUGAUGCUUCAUUUGGUGUACUGCAAGUACAUCUUACCCACACAAACCUUUAUUUAUAUUUUGGUUAAAAAUAAUGCCCAAUAAUACAUCCCGGUAUUAAUUGGUGCAUUAGUUACAUUUUUAGUUCUGGAUUAUAUAGAAAUUGUUUAAAUCCUUCCUGAUUCUGUGUGUCUGAUAUUGGGCCUGAUAUCAUUCUUGGUGCAACAUGCUGUUGUGAAUUAUAGGAGUAGGAUUCAGUUUAAAUGUUGAAUGUUUGCAAAUCACAUCAAUUAAAAACUAGCU